GGCAUGGGCGCACGAGUAGUUCGCUUGUGUGGCCGAGGUUCUUGUGUACGACCUAAUGUCAUGGAUUUACCGAAUGGCAUGAAAAUCCGCGGACCCGAUGGACUCGUAGACUGAUGUGCAUUUUAUUUAUUUCUUGUGUCAUUUAAUUUCAUGCAACUUUUAUAUCCGCAAACUGUCCAGAUAUGCCGGAGGAACGGUUCACUUGAAUGGAAUAAAGCCCAGUGGACUAGCAUAUUUUACUGCAAACUGGAGUUGGUCUUCACAGAAAACCCGCGCGUUUAAAAUUCCAAAAAUGAUCCUUACUCAGCUCGAGGCCAAAGAGGCGUGUGAUUGGCUGAGAGCGGCUGGGUUCCCGCAGUACACACAGCUCUAUGAAGAUUCCCGCUUCCCGAUAGAUAUCUCCUCUGUCACCAGGGAGCACGACUUCCUGGAUCACAAUGCCAUCGAUGCUCUGUGCAGGCGGUUGAACACCCUGAACAAAUGUGCAGUGAUGAGACUGGAAAUCUCCACACAGAGGAAAAAGAGCGAGGAUUCUGACGAGGACGAGCCGUGUGCCAUCAGCGGCCACUGGACCUUCCAGCGGGCUAGCCGGCGCUGGUCCAGGCUGGACGAGCUGGAUGUGUUCCCCCCGGCCGAGGAGAGCGCGCUGGGGGACCUGAGCGAGCGUCCGGAGGGCGGGGGCACCACGCGCACCAGCUCCGUCACCAGCGACUGCUCCUCGGGCACGUCGGCCGCCAACGAGGACUCCCUGUCCGAGGGCCCCGCCGAGCUGCCCGAGCGCUUCGUCUUCCAGGCCCGGCCGGGCGCCAAGAGCUCGCGCUCCAAGGCCAAGGGCUUCCUGAAGAGGAUGGAGAGCCUCCGCCUGCGCGGGUACGGCUCCGCGCGGAAGCGCCGGCAGGGCCAGGGGCCGGGGCCGGGGGCCCGCCCGGAGAUCAGCGGGCCCGUGGCGCUCGGGGAGCUGGACGAGGACAGGCUGAGGCUGCUGCGCUGCGUGGACGUGACGGCCCUGAACGCGCUGAACGGGCGGAGCCGCAGCGCCUCGCACCCCUGCCCCGCCCGGCCCGGGGGCAGCGCGGGCGGCAGCAGCGGCGGGAGCAGCCAAUCGGAGGCCAGCGGGGGCAGCGCCGUCAGCACGCCCAGCCCGGUGGCGCGGGCGAGGGCCAGGGGCCGGAGCCAGAGCGCCCAGGGCGAGAGAGGCAGCAGCAAGCGCGCCGGCAUGUACCUGGAGGGCUUCGACCCCUUCAGCGUGCUCCCGCUGCAGUCCGCCCUGGCCUGGGGCCCCACCGCGGAGGACACGCCCGACGUGGAGGAGGAGGAGGAAGAGGAGGAUGAGGACUACGACGACGAGGAGGAGGAGGACGGCCUGGUUUUCUUCCUCAUUCCCGAGGGGCACAAGCUGGGCACCUUCCCCAAAGCGCUGUGCAACAGCCUGCCCCGCGGCGCCGCCCCCAGGCUCAGGCGCCGCUCCGUGGGCCGCGCCCGCCGCAGCUCCGCCGGCUCCGUGGAGAGCCGGCUCAGUUUCUAUGACAACGUCCCGGCGCGCGCCGCGGAGGAGGAGGAGCUGGAGCGCGCCCUGCGCCGAGCGGGUGGCUGGGCGGAGGGGGACUCCGACUCGGCCGUGGACUCGGUCUCGCCCUGCCCCUCGUCCCCCCUGCAGGGCCGGCUGGGGGAGCUGGAGGGAGGCAGGGACAGGGACAGCACGGGGAACCCGCUGAGCGAGCAGGAGGACGGACACGCCACCCGCCAACGCCGCGACUCUGGAGUGGGCACCUCCCUGAGUCAGGACACCAGGCCGCAGAAGAGCCGGUGGAGCCCCGUCUCAGCGCUGCAGAUCGGCUGCCAGUCCGUGGUGCAGCUCAACCUGCUGCAGAAGUUCUCCCUGCUCACUCUCACCGCCCUGCUGGAGAGGCACGCGCCCACCAGCAAGCACGGCUUCAGCUGGGCGGUUCCCAAGUUCAUGAAGAGGACCAAGGUGCGGGACUACAGGGACCGGAGCGUUUUUGGGGUCCCCCUGCAGGUGAACCUGCAGCGCACCGGCCACCCCCUGCCACCCAGCAUCCAGGAGGCUAUGCGCUUCUUACGCAACCAGGGUCUGGACCAGGUGGGGCUGUUCCGGAAGUCGGGAGUGAAGUCGCGGAUCCAGGCGCUUCGGCAGAUGAACGAGGCGGGCGCGGAGGGGGAGGUCAGCUACGAGGGCCAGUCGGCCUACGACGUGGCGGACAUGCUGAAGCAGUAUUUCCGGGACCUUCCGGAGCCCCUGCUCACCAGCAAGCUGUCCGACACCUUCCUGCAGAUCUACCAGUAUGUUCCCAAAGACCAGCGGCUCCAGGCAGCCCGGGCGGCGGUCCUGCUCCUGCCGGACGAGAACCGCGAGGCGCUGCAGACGCUGCUCUGCUUCCUCUGUGACGUCGUUGCCAAUGUUGCCGAGAACCAGAUGACCAGCACCAACCUAGCCGUGUGCCUGGCCCCCUCCCUCUUCCACCUCAACACCCUGAAGAGAGACAGCUCCUCGCCCAGGGUGAUGCAGAGGAAGCAGAGCCUGGGUAAGCCAGACCAAAGGGACCUGCAGGAGAACCUGGCUGCUACCCAGGGCCUGGCCCACAUGAUCACUGAGUGCAACAGACUCUUCCAGAUUCCUGAGGAAAUGAGGAGGUGCCAGGGCUCCUACACAGACCAGGGCUUGUAUCCUCCGAACAUUGAGGAGCUGGCACAAAGGGGCGCAGAAGGGCCCCCCACAUCCCGGGGACACCUACGGGAGGAGCUGGACGCCCUACUUAGGGAGGCCAAAGACAAGUUCAGAGGCUAUGACAGCUGCUCCACACCAGAGCACGCCGAGCUGGCUUACAAGAAGGUGCCUGACGGCUCCGCUCUGCGGCUGUGGAAGGCAACGGUGGAGGUCCCUGCGUCUCCGGAGGAGGUUCUGACCCGGGUUGUGAGGGAGCGGCAGCAGUGGGACAGGGACCUGCUGGAGGCGCGGGUGGUGGAGACGCUGGGCGAGCGGACGGAGGUGUACCGCUACCUGCGCCGCAGCAUGGAGCCCCACCCCGCCAGAGACCACGUGGUUCUGAGGACAUGGGUGACAGAUCUGCCCAAAGGAGCCUGUGCACUGGUCAGCAGCUCAGUGGCCCACGCAGGGGCCAAGCCCUUGGGUGUUCGGGCCAACGUGCUGACCUCAUGCUACUACAUGGAGGCCUGCGGGCCCGUGAAGUCCCGGCUCACCCACAUCUCCAGAGUGGACUGCAGGGGGCGCUGCCCGGAGUGGUACAACAAGACGUUUGGACACUUGUGCGCAGCCGAGGUGGCGCGGAUACGGGACUCCUUCACCGGCCAGAAAAACAAAUGAGAUUGAGCCGGCUGAAAGCACACGGCGCCCAGGUUUAUAGUGUCUGUGGGCUCAGCCCUGGCCCGGGAGGAGCUGGAGGAAGACCACAGGUCCCCCUGUGACAGAGGAGUGGGGUGACACGUGUGGGGUGACGCGUGUCACAGUUUUGCAUACAGAGCAUAUCCAUUGUGUUCCCUCUGGUAACCCCGCAUUCAAGUUCACUUAACCUGCCUCAUUAUAAUGGUGCACUGACUGCCCCGCCCUCCCUUCCAAUGUGAGCCAUCAGAUGCUCUCCGCUAUUGUGUCACCAUAGGUGUGACAUCACUGGCUGCUGCUGCUUCUGGGAAGCAAGAGGACUGUUGUGGAUUUACUGUGUGCUGGCAAAGCAUCCUGGCCUUUCUAUUUUUCUGUCACAAGAUGACUAUGUAACAAGCAGCAUCUUCAAUGUUUGUGUGUUUCUGUGUGUGUGUGCGCGUGUUUGUGGGCGCGUGUUUGUGUGUGUGUGUGUGAGUGACAGAGAGAGAGAGACAGAGAGAGAGAGCACUAUUUGCCAUUUGCUUUAUCUGGUGUUCUUAAAAGCAAAUGCGUAAGUAUAAAAAUUAAAUAAAAAGAUAGCCAUAGACAGAUGGACAGACGGAGAUGGGUAAAAGUUAUUGACUGAUUGAUAAUGAUGAUAACGAUGGUGAUGAUAGAUAGAGGGAUGAACAGACGGACGGAUAGAGGGAUGAUGACAUGCAUGUGUGUGGUGGCCUGGUAAAAACCUGAGAGACCAGGGCAGUCAACAGACGAGAAGAGGGGUAUGGCAAAACGGUGUCCGUGGGGAGCAGGAAGCAGGGAGUGUGGGAACAGGGUCAUCGUUUUGUUCCACAGUUUUCCCGUGCAUGCUGCUUUCCAGGACAUCAUCUGGUAUUAAAAUCCGUUAUAUGGAUCAGGAGCACAGACUGAGGAAGUUCUGUCAAUUUAAAUGUGAUUACGAGAUAACGGUGUGACCUUUUAUAAAGGAAGGGGAGAGGCUUUGUACAGGUUGUACUGUAUCAGACAGAAGAGAUGAGAUCAGGAAUGCAUUGGCAAACGCUCAGAUGGUCGAGCAUUUUUAAAGAAGGAAAUUACUGCUUGUGAGCUUUUUCUUAACCUGCCUCUGUCAGUGUUACUUAAUAUGAAGUCUAUACGAGUUUGAAAAAUAAGCUUAUUUCCACACAUGCAUUCUGAAGUGACCUGAACAUAUUUUAUUGUUUAGUUACUGCUACUUUACUGCUAAUUUCAAGUGCAUACUGCCAUAUUGCCAACAUGUAUGCUUUAAGCGUGUACUGCCAAAUAAGGAUGCAUGACAAUGAAAAUUAAUUUAAAGUAUUCAUGUAUUUAUACCUCAAAUAUACUUUUUUAUUUUGUGUUAUUUUAUUGUAAAUGUUUCUAUAAUGUUAAAGAUACAGAAAUAAAAUGUUUUAUCUUUUUUAUUAUCGCUGUACAGUUUAUCAACAUUCCAUGCACUAUUAAAUGUAUUCAACUUA